GCGGAGGAAGCCGGAAGUGCUUCGGCCGGGGUCGGCCUGGGCGUUGCGGGAUUGGGGCCUGGGAUCGCUCGGCCCCGGCCGCCGGAGGAGCCCGUGACGGGGCGGCGCGGCGCCAUCCCAGCCCCGAGGCCUGCUGACCGGCAGGCUCUGCGCGCCCCGCGGAGGCCCGCGCCCGGCUGCGGCGGGCGGCCCCGGGCAUGUACGCCCCGGGAGGCUCAGGGCUGCCCGGCGGGCGCCGGCGGAGGAGCCCGGGGGGCAGCGCUCUGCCCAAGCAGCCCGAGCGGAGCCUGGCGUCGGCCCUGCCCGGGGCCCUGUCCAUCACCGCGCUCUGCACGGCUCUCGCCGAACCUGCCUGGCUGCACAUCCAUGGAGGCACCUGUUCCCGCCAGGAGUUGGGAGUCUCGGAUGUGCUGGGCUACGUGCACCCGGACCUGCUGAAAGAUUUCUGCAUGAACCCGCAGACAGUGCUGCUCCUGAGGGUCAUUGCUGCCUUCUGCUUCCUGGGCAUCCUGUGUAGUCUUUCUGCAUUCCUUCUGGAUGUCUUUGGGCCCAAGCAUCCAGCCCUGAAGAUCACUCGUCGCUAUGCCUUCGCCCACAUCCUCACUGUCCUGCAGUGUGCCACCGUCAUUGGCUUUUCUUAUUGGGCUUCUGAACUCAUCCUGGCCCAGCAGCAGCAACAUAAGAAGUACCACGGCUCCCAGGUCUACGUCACCUUUGCUGUUAGCUUCUAUCUGGUAGCAGGAGCUGGUGGAGCCUCAAUCCUGGCCACUGCAGCCAACCUCCUGCGUCACUACCCGACAGAGGAGGAAGAGCAAGCACUGGAACUGCUGUCUGAGAUGGAGGAGAAUGAGCCCUACCCCGCAGAGUAUGAGGUCAUCAACCAGUUCCAGCCACCCCCUGCCUACACACCCUAAUGUCAGCCUGAGCUUGCUUCCUCAGCCGCCCCUGCCCAAUGCCACAGCUCCGCCUCACCCAGAGGAGCGCCUCUCCCCAGCAGGCCAUCCUCACCACGCCUUCCCCAGGAGAGCCUCUGCCUUUCCAGCUGUCCAUGCGUCCCUGCUCUCGGAAGCUGGCGGGGUUCAGUGACUCUCCCCCUACUGCCACACUGCUCCCCUACCAGUCACCCAUCACUUCCAGCCAGGGGCGGGCCACACAGGCUCCCUCCCAGGGGCCGUAUCUUUGGGACUGAGAGUCCCUUUGGGUUGAGGCUGGGAGUGAGUGGGCAGUCCCACAGAGAACUGGUACCAGGGCACAAGGAACUGGGCGGGGACUUGCCCUGUAGGCUCUCUCUCCAUCCCUGUAGCUCUGAGCUGACCCCUUCCCUCCCUCUCAGAGUGCCCCAGGCCCCGGCUGCCCACCGGUGGAUUCUCUGCACUUUACAUGGGUUGUGGUUUUCUGGAAGGACUUGCUGCUGAGUAGCAGAGCACUGGCUCUCUCCAUCCGCCCUGCUGUGGCUUCCGGUGUGCGGAGCCAGGGAAGCAGAGCAGAAGCCAGCCAGGGCCGAGGCCUCGCGGUGCCCCACAGGGUCAGAGGGACAGACCCUCGCUCUCGUGAGCUCUUCACCUUUUAAAAUGAGUAGUUUUAAAGGACAAAAAGAAAAACAAACAGCAGCAACGAUACUGUCUUUUAAAAAGAGGGACAAGGCUGUUGUCAUUUUUCGGAAACGGAUCCGUAAAGCCUUUGGCUCUGCGAUACUUGGAUCCUCGCUAGCUCAGCCUGAGCCUGUGGUCCCUCACUCCUCCCAGUCGCUCUUCCAGCAGAGUGCAGCCCCGGCCCUGGCUCCUUUCCCUCCCAGCCACUGGGGUUCCCUGGGGCCUACCUGUGGCCCCCAAGGGCCUGGGACUGUGGCCUGGCUGGCCGGCCAGCGUGGUGCUCCUCAGGACUGCGGCACUGAGAUGUAACCUGGCCUCAGCUCAGGAACGGGGCCCAGGAGGGCAGGACCCUCAAUUCUCUACAUAGGAACUCCAACCAGUGGCCCAUUGGCUUUGUCAGGACCACUCUGACAGACUAGCAAAGCUGGUUAUAACCUUUAGACUCAGCGUGUCCCCUAGACUGUGACUUGGGGCUACAGCUUGCUGCAUGCCCCUCUCCCCUUCUGGAAUGUACUCUGGUCUUGCAGCGUGCUACUGGCUCUUUCUUGCCCAACCAUCACUCUGGCUUCCCCAUUUUCUCUGGGUCUAGCUCAAUAUUCUGCCCCAAGUGUUUGAAACUCAAAGAGGCCUUCUGUGGCCACAUGGCCAAGCUGUCCUUGUUCAGUGACUAGCUUUUUGGGAAUCAGUGUCCAGUGCUGAUCUAAAUGGAGAUGCUCCAAUCUCCUCCCACUCUUUGGGCAAAAGGCAGUUCAAACAAAUGGAGAAUAAUUGGACACAGUCAUUGAGCUGUGACUGGGAAACUGUCACAUCCCCUCCUUCUCUGUCUAGAUAGACCAGGAAUGAGAGACGGUGCCUGUGUGAGUGAAGACUAUGUCUGCACACAAGUGAUAGGAUACCAGUGUGUACCCCAAGAUGACUCUUACACUCUUCCAGACCCUUCUAAGGCAAGAAAGGCUGCCAUGUUAUAUCUGAGCACAAAGCCAAGGAACUACAAUAAGUCCAUCUUUCUAUAAAAUCCUGAGCUUGUCGCCGGUAGGUGAAGCAUGGCCAGCUCUCCCUGACAUAGGUGUCUGCGCGGGCGGGCCAGAAGACCGGCACCAGACACGCAUGCCAAAGUGAAUGGUCAUGCCGCGAGGACCUUGACAUGACCCUGUGGACCGUUCCACGUGAUUCGGAACCCACUUUUUAUUAGCCUCCCAUGCCUCUGUCCUUUCUUUCUCCCCUGCCAUCCUGUCACUGAUAGUUUGUCAUAUAAAUCUCCUGGUUGUUUUUCUUUUCUAGGAAAAAAAAAUUAAAAGGCAAAACAAAAAGACAGUACAAAUAAGAAUGUAAAUACCAAUGACUUCUUGUCAUUUUUUUCCAGAGCUUUCCCAGUAUGUUUUUUUUUUUUCCUUUCCCCUAGAAGGAAGCAAGAGACAUUAAACUUCUGACACAGAGGGAUUUGUGUGCCUGCACCAUGCAUGACAUUUUUGUCUCCAGGAGCCCCUAAUAGUGAUACCUUUCACUUGCGAAGUUUCCUAGGCCCACAGCUAAGAAGUAACAGGUGGCUCUGCCC